UUGCAGAUCGCCUGGGCUGUGACCCUCGAACACGUUUCCAAGUUCCACCCAACACCAAGCAGUGGAUUGCUCUACUACAGCGAGGAAACUGUACGUUUAGAGAGAAAAUACUGCGAGCAGCUUCACAUAAUGCCACAGCUGUGGUCAUUUACAAUAAUAUAUCCAGUGAAGAACCUGUCACCAUGACUCAUCAAGGAACUGGAGACAUUGUUGCUGUCAUGAUUACUGAAUCAAAGGUUAAGGAGAUCCUGAAUUAUUUGGAAAAGAAUAUAUCUGUCCUGAUGGCAAUAGCAGUGGGUUCCCGUGUUCCUCCAAAAAACUUCAGCAGGGGCUCCCUAGUCUUUGUGUCAAUAUCAUUCAUUGUUUUGAUGAUAAUUUCUUCAGCAUGGUUAAUAUUUUACUUCAUCCAGAAGAUCAGGUACACAAGUGCACGUGACAGGAAUCAGCGUCGUCUUGGAGAUGCUGCCAAGAAAGCCAUCGGUAAAUUGACAACCAGGACAGUAAAGAAGGGUGAUAAGGAAACAGACCCAGACUUUGAUCAUUGUGCUGUCUGCAUUGAGAGUUACAAGCAGAACGAUGUUGUUCGCAUUUUACCAUGCAAGCAUGUUUUCCACAAAGUCUGUGUCGAUCCGUGGCUUAGCGAGCACUGUACGUGUCCAAUGUGUAAACUGAACAUUUUGAAGGCACUGGGAAUUGUGCCAAACGUGCCGUGUACAGAUAACGUAGCCUUUGACAUGGAAAGGCUCACCAGAGGCCAGCCAGCCAGCCGGCGCUCGGCGCUCGGCGAUUUUGCCAACGACAGCUCUCUCAGCCUGGAGCCCCUGCGCACCUCUGGGAUGUCACAGCUUCCACAGGACGGAGAGCUAACGCCAAGGUCAGGAGAGAUCAACAUUGCUGUCACAAAAGAAUGGUUUAUUAUUGCCAGUUUUGGCCUCCUCAGUGCCCUUACACUCUGCUACAUGAUCAUCAAAGCCACAGCUAGCUUGAAUGCUAAUGAAGCAGAAUGGUAUUGAAGAAACGCUUUCCGGCCAAUUGCCUUGGAGAGAGACACCUAUUUUUAUGCAUCAUUUAUUGAUCAUGCAGCACAAGCAAUUACUUAGUCCAUUCUAUUUUUUCAUAAAAUUUGCUGAUGCCAAAGCUUUGUAUUAAGGAAAAAGUGAAGAAAUAAAACUUUAAUUAUGAAA